AAGCAAAGGAACAUACUCGCCUGGAGAUAGCCUUUGCGAUAUUUAAAUGUGUGGGUUAAUUUUUUAUCCACUUUAAUAACUGGGUUUUUUCUCCCUCUACUUCUUUGCUUUCUAUUUCUGCUCUGAAGCCGUGGGCACAGAAAUCUCUGCAGGCAAAUUACUCCAGAGCACAUUGCAGGACAAUACUAUAACGAAUAGUUAAAUUUACGGGCAUUUGGAUUCCUGAUCCUCUUCUGAAAUGGCAGGUGUGAGUGGCUGUAUAAAAUAUUCUAUGUUUAUCUUCAACUUCUUGUUCUGGCUCUGUGGUAUCGUGAUCCUGGGAAUAGCAAUAUGGAUACGAGUAAGCAAAGACGGCCAAGAGAUUCUCAGUUCUGCGGACUCUGGCACUUACCCCUACGUUGCUGUGAAUAUCUUGAUUGCUGUGGGUGCCAUCAUCAUGAUUCUGGGUUUCCUGGGAUGCUGUGGUGCUGUGAAGGAAAGCCGCUGCAUGCUCCUUCUAUUUUUCAUAUUCUUGCUUCUGAUCCUGCUCUUGCAAGUGGCAGCAGGUAUCCUAGGAGCUGCUUUCAAAUCUGAGUCUCAGAGCAUUCUGAAUGAAACUCUUUAUAAGAAUGUAAACCUUUUGAGCUCAACAAGUGAAGAUGCAAAAGCAUUCCAGGAAGCCGUGACUGAAUUUCAAGAAGAGUUUAAAUGCUGUGGAUUGGUCAAUGGAGCUGCUGAUUGGGGAAAUAAUUUUCUACAAAAUUACAAGUCAUGUGAAUGCCCAAGCUUGACAGAUUCUUCUUGUACAUCUUAUAGAGGCAAAAUUGUUUACAAAGAGCCAUGCAUUUCUUUCAUAGAAGAAUUAGUUGCAAAAAAUCUUAUCAUAGUUAUUGGAAUAGCGUUUGGACUGGCAAUUAUUGAGACUCUUGGUUUGGUGUUUUCUAUGGUCCUGUAUUGCCAGAUCGGGAACAAAUGAAUCUGCGAAUGUGUCAAACUAUCAUCAGUCAAACCUCUUUAAAACUUUCCUUUGGCUUUGUAACUUCAAAUAUAUGAGUGCUGUAUAUGUCAGGAGCAACUGACCUAUUAAAAUGUUUCACUUAGCUGGGACAUGGAUAUCUUCUAGACAUGUUGAACGUAUUUAAGAUUUGAGGGACAUAAGGAAAAUGAUAUGAAUGUGUAUUGUUGUUCAAAAUAAAAGUAAUGUUGUUUACACUGGU